CUUAGGCAUAAGAGAAAAUGGCGGUCAAUUUAUUUGAUUUUGUAUCUAUGCUAUCUUCUUAUUUGUAAAACGUAAUUUAUCUAUGUAAGAAAUAUGCCUAUGCAGACAAGAAGAAAUAAUGUAAUAAAAAGACAUGUUUGUAUCGAAGAAGAUACUCCUAGCAUACCAAAUGGUCGGAAAAAGCCAAAACAACGAAGACUUAACAAAGAGUUUGACAAGAAAUUGCGAACAAAUGAAAAAGCUGCCACGAGCAAGGGUAAAAAUGUUGUGAGUGUUUCAUCUCUCUUGAAACAAGUGAUGAAAAGAAAAAAUGCAUCAACUAACCUUCCUCAAGAUUGCUUGCUUUCACCUGAUAAUGAAAGACCAUCUACGUCCACUAAAGUAAGCAAAGUUCAACCACCUGACAGUACUUCACCCCAAAUGAAAGAAGAUUCAAAUGUAGGUCAUGAGAAGAUUGGACCUUUAUCAAAGAAAAUUUUGAAAGAAAAUGGUAGUUCAAGUGAAAAUAUAGCUGAAGAGAAAAACAUGAAAAAAAGUGAUGAUGAUCAAUUAUUGCCACAUAAUAAUGAUGUAAUUUCUAAUGACUAUUCUGAGCCAAUCACAUCUCAACAAAAUAAUGGUGUAAUUUCUAAUGACUAUUCUGAGUCAAUCACAUCUCAAAAUAAUGAUGUAAUUUCUAAUGACUGUCCUCCAAAGCCAAUCACAUCUCAACAAAAUAGUGACGUAAUUUCCAAUGACUAUCCUCCAGAACCAAUCACAUCUCAAGCAGAUGAUCAUAUGACCACCGUUGAGGAUGAUUACCAAAGAAAAUAUUUUCAACUUUUGAAUGCAAUGAAUGAUCUACAAGAAAAGUUUUUACUAUCACAAAAUGAUUUUGAAGAUCUCAUUGAAGCCAGAGAAUCAUUCAUUCAGGAGUUAAAGUGUGAAUUAUGUAAUAAACAAGAAGAAUUAAUCUUGUUUGAACAAAAGCUGGAAAACAGGAAUAGUAGGAUUAUGGAGUUGGAGCAAGAAAAACUGAACUAUGAAAACCAAUUGAAAAAUAUGAAGAUGAAAGAUGAAAUUUGGGAGAAAAAAGAAACACAAUAUAAAGACCAGACAACAAGAUACAAGGAACAUCAGCAAAUAAUCACGACACAACAAGAAAUCCUGGAUUUUUACAAUUUACUCUGCGGAAUAAAAGUGGAAAAGUUGGCAGACGAUGGAACUGAGAGACUUUCAAACUCAACUAUUGAUGAAAAAUAUCGUUGUACUGUAAAGACUGCUUCUCACAUUCCAGAUAAUAUGCAGUUUAUCCUAUUGUACGAUCCUCAAUUUGCCGAAGUGGUAUAUAGACCGCUACAAGUGGAAUGCACUGAAUCUUCAUUUCCAGAUUACCUACAUGACGAGAUUUUAUUUGAAUGUAAUGAAGCUCCUAACUUUUUACGUCGUCUUUUACAAACUAUUUACGAAACAGGUUUAAAAAAAAAGACUUAAACACUUUAGUUGUAAUGUGACGUUUGUAUUAUGCGUUUGUAUGUAUAUAUGUAGAACGAUUUCAUAUUUCUAAGAUUGUAUUUUAGAACGCUUUCUUCAAUGUUAAAAGAUAAUUUGAUUUUACUGCACCAAGUGCAUUAAUGCACAAGGUAAAAAUCAUCGCUAUGACUAAUAAAGAUGAGAGAUAUAGUUACACAAAAAUAAAAAACAUCGGAAAUUAUCGAAAAACCCGAA